CAUGUACCAUCAACUGUGUGCUUAUCAUGCAUAAGUGCAUAACUCUCUUCUCCAGUACUUAAUUGAACUUAUCUCUCUAGCUAUCUUCAUUUCCCACCACUUUGAAACAUCUCCACCAUCUUCAGUAUGGCUCAAACUUUCUCUCCAUCUCCAUCUCCCUCUCCAACUCUUAGUCCCACUUCAAUAAGAACAGUACUACUAUGUCACCAAAACCCUCAUGAUCAUGAUGUAAAUCCAUACACUCGCAAUCUCAAUCUUAUGAUCAUUUUGGCAGCCAUUUUCUGCGCUUUUGUUUGUGCCCUCGGCCUAAAUUCCAUGCUGCAAUGCAUUUUUCAGUGCGCAAAUCGCGCCAUAACCGAACCAGUCCAAUGGGUGGCUUCACGUAGGCUCAACUCAGGUCUAAAGAAGAAGGAAAUGGUAGCUUUGCCAACUUCAACUUAUUCAAACUCAUCAAGCUCUUGCCCAUCACCAUCGUCUUCUCCGGGCUGUGCUAUUUGUCUCGUGGACUUCUCCGAUGGGGACAAGAUUCGGGUGCUGCCGAAAUGCAACCAUCGGUUUCAUGUUGUGUGUAUUGACAAGUGGUUGCAGUCUCACUCUUCUUGCCCUACUUGCCGGCACAGACUCAAGUCUUCCAGUGAUGCCAUGCUCUCUCUUUCAGAGAUUCUCACAACCUAGAGCUCAGAUUGGUUGGGGUCAUGUCUUCCUCUAGCUACUACCUUCUCGUGUUUAGCAUGAAGAUUUUUGCAGCCUGCAACUAUGUAGUAUA